GGCGAGGACGUCAGCAUCUCUGCCGCGAUCGCGAUGGGCUGCAAUGGCAUGCAUAUUCCCAUUUUUCGAGUCAUGAACGCCACCAUCAUCGAAGCUGCUGCGUGGGAAUGCAAGGCAUGGGGAGAUUCCGUCAGUGCCUUCCGCGUGCAUUUGAACUCAAACCUUGUCGAAUGCUACUCCAACAAUGGACGCGAUUGCUUGUGGGUGACGUCCAUGGAUGUCUGUCGCAGUAACUUGGUCGCGGCGGAUGGCAAGAUGGUCGCCCAGCCUCUCAAACCUCUGCGUUGUGGACCCAUGUACCUAGAAGUGUGGGGGAUGACCGGCAACGACCAGCCAGGCCAUUGGUGCAACUCGAUGUAUCCCUCUUUGAAGCUCGAGUCUCAAGCAGGAACCGUCAGCAGCCCCGCCGGAGUGCUUCGCAUCACGAUGACCCCACUGCCUCUCACGCCAGGCGAGACUGCUGUUCGAAACCAUGACACGUCUUGGCCACAGAUGUUGACUGGUGCCUCUGUGUUCAUGGCGGUGGCGGCAAUCGGAAUGGUCCUGUUCAUGUGGCGCAAGACGAAGCAUCGGCAGCAGCACCUCGUCGACAUGACUGCGAAGGCGCCAGCAUACCAGCUCAAGCAGGACAGCAUCUAGUGUGCCAUCAUCGGUCGAUGCUACUCU